AUGGAGUCGCCUACACCAGCUACAAGUUUGUUAGAAUCCAAAGGUGGAUCAAGUGCAAAUGCGUCACAAUCCGAGGAAAAAGUCAAGUUAGAUAAAUCCGAGUGUAACGAGAUUAAGAGUGAGGCUGCCAAAAAGAACGUGGACAUGACAGGAGGGGAAGACGAUGGUGGUGGUGAUAACCUGGCUUUGCGAGGACACAGGGAGUCACUUCAGCUAGACAAUGACUCCGAUGUAGGAAAUUUCGUUGGCUUACUGAAACUACUCGCCAUCUUUGACCCUUUCAUGAAAGAACACCUCACUCGUGCGGAAAGUCAUCCUGGAUUCACGUUUUAUCUUUCACCGGGUGUCCAGAACGAAUUCAUCCACAUGAUGGCAUCCACUGUUAGCCAGAGUUUACUGAGAAGAAUUCAUAAAGCCAAUUACUAUGGUCUCAUGUUCGACUCGACUCCUGAUCAGGCACACCGUGAGCAGAUGUCAGAAGUAGUGAGGAACAUGGAAGCUGAUUUUGAGAGGAAAACAGUCCGUGUUAGAGAGUCCUUCCUUGGUUGUACCCAGAUAAGACAGAAGGAUGCUGAGAGCUUGGUUGAAGACAUCUUGAAAGAGCUAGAGAAGGACGAAAUGGAGCUAGAAGAUUGUCAGUCACAGUGCUAUGACAAUGCUGCCAUGAUGGCUGGACACAGAAGAUUUUGGAACAAAGUACUCAUUCGCAUUGAUCGUAUUCAAAAGAGGCUGCAGGAUCCUAGCAUGAACUUCCACGAAGGUGCCCUGGAUUGGAAAACCCUCCGAGAUCAUUUUGAUGAUGAAAGAGAAGUGUUGGUCAGUGAGUCACUCAAAGAAGGACUCGGUCUCUGUCAAGAAUGGAAUAUUGAAGUUGAAAGACACCAGAGACGAAAAAAACAAAUGACUGAUGAAAAUUCGAGAAACGCUAGGUUAACAGCCAAAGAGGAAAUGGAAAGAGUCAUGAAGGGAACACUCGACCGUCUUCACAGAGAAAUGGACGACACUGACUCCAAAUUUGGGUUUCUUCUUGAUGUCGAGGGACUGUGUUACGGCGCCGACAGUAACGACCUAAAGAAAAAGUGCGAAAAUUUGGGCGAACUGUACAGCUCUGAUGUUGAAGGACAGCAGCUAUAUGAAGAAAUUUUGGAUUGCAGAAUGCUGCUAUCAAGUCGGGCCAACAUGAAAAUAUCAAGACUUGAAGAGCUUCUCGAAUCUAUUGUUCAAUAUGGAGAUGAGAGUGUCUUCCCCAAUCUUCACAUUGCUAUUCAGAUAAUGCUAACCAUCGCAGUUUCCAUCGACAGCUGUGAGAGAUCAUUCAGCAAGUUAAAACUAAUACUUUCGAAUUUGAGAGCCUCCAUGGGUCAAGGUAGACUCUGUGAUCUUGCUCUGCUGAGCGUAGAAAGAGAAGAAACUAAAAAAAACUGA